AGCCGAGGCGUGGGUUGUCCUCGUUGGACCUUGCAUGGGAGGAUGCGGAGAGACCGGUGUGGAGGAGCACCACAUUGGACUUGUCCGCGUUCAUCUUGCCCCAUGUUUCGUAGGCUAUGGUGGACUCCUUCAGUCUCCCGCCAUAGUCCAGCAAUAGCGGCUCCUUCGACGUGAACUCCUUGUGCACACCGGUCGUGUAUGAAGGUUCAGGGCCAUUUGUCAAGGAGCGCGACACGAUCUCUUGAGUCCUCGACUCCACAGCGUCCAGGCAUGGGAAGGACAUUUGUGGGUUCGACGCCGUGGACCCGGAAGGCAUGGGCGGGGAAGCGGCAAAGCUGUGGAGUGGCCGCCAUGGGUCUGUUAAUAACGAGGAGGGACAUUUCCGUAGCCUUGCUGCAUCGGCAAUGGAAGUGAUGCUUGUACGGCGAGGCUGCACCGCAUAGCGAAGCAAGCUUGAGAAUUGAGAUGGCAUGUUUGGUUAGAAAUUACGAGGUCAACAAGGUGUUUCCUCCUAUGAUAUCUGCGAUAAGGGUGCUUCAGGAUGAGGGUGGAUCUUGUCUUGGAAAUUUUUCUUUUUCUUUAAUUCUUUUUUUCUUUCCUUCUUUCUUACUUUUUUUUUUUCUGCUAUGCGCCCCUGCGAACAAACACGAUAUGAUUGGGUGGAGGUUUGGAUCCCCUAUCGAACCGGUAUUAUUGACGAGGAUUGGGGGUGGAUUGCGGGGCAGGGGCGGGGAUGGACGGGAGGGGGCUCGCGCAGGUGGGGGAAGUCUGCGGGGAUGAUAUGAUACAAGUAGACUUCACCAGAUAGCGAAACCCUUUGUCGCAUUUUCCAUCCAAUUUUUUUUCUUUUUUGGAGCCCUCCAAAAGAAAAAAGAAACCAGGAUGACGCCAUCCCUUAAGAAGCACACGCCCCCACUGCCCCCAUCGAUAGUCCCGUCAGCCAGAACGAGAAGGGAAUCUUCAAGACUCUGCGGCACUUGUAUGAUACGAGCACUUUGAUGCGUUGCUCGAACACCUCCAGCAUGUUUGAGACAGGCAACUCACAAAAUCCUCGUCACAUUUCGCCCCCUGAUCUGCGAUGUGCUCACCUCCAGGCCUUGUC